CUAAACCAAACAAACUAUACCUGUUCUCUGUUCAAUUCACACUCCGUACGAAACCAUAGCUAAAAAUGGUGCCGAACAAGCUCAAGAUACUGCUACCGUUGUGGGCGGUGGUUAUGGCGAUCACCGCCGUAAAAGCAACCGCCGAUUACGUCCGGCCACCGGCUCGAAAGACCUUACACUUCCCCUGGGAUCCGAAGCCUUCAUCUCAUCCUCAACAGGUGCAUAUUUCCUUGGCAGGCGAAAACCACAUGCGUGUGACUUGGAUUACAAGCGACGCAUCAUCUCCGUCACUUGUUGAAUAUGGUACAUCACCUGGACAAUACACUUCUAAAGGUCACGGAGAUACAACCUCUUAUAGCUACAUAUUAUACAGCUCAGGGACCAUACACCAUACGGUUAUCGGGCCACUAGAACAUAACACCGUUUACUAUUAUAGAUGUGGAGGACAAGGACCCGAGCUCCAUUUCAAAACCCCACCAGCCCAGUUCCCGGUUACGUUUGCUGUGGCUGGUGAUUUAGGUCAAACGGGCUGGACAAAGUCAACUUUGGACCACAUUGAUCUAUGUGAAUAUGAUGUGCACCUGCUCCCCGGUGAUCUUUCUUAUGCGGAUUACAUACAGAGACGGUGGGACACGUUUGGGGAACUGGUGCAGCCGCUUGCAAGUGCAAGGCCGUGGAUGGUUACACAAGGGAAUCAUGAGAAGGAAAAUAUACCAUUUUUUAUAGACGGUUUUGAAUCGUAUAAUGCUAGAUGGAAAAUGCCUUAUGAAGAAAGUGGAUCUAGUUCGAAUCUUUUUUAUUCGUUUGAAGUUGCGGGAGCUCAUGUUGUAAUGCUUGGUUCCUAUACGUAUUAUGAUGAGAAUUCUGACCAAUAUAACUGGUUGAAGGCUGAUCUUUCAACAGUAGACCGCAAAAAAACACCGUGGUUACUUGCAUUGUUUCACGUGCCAUGGUAUAACAGUAAUCAUGCACAUCAAGGUGAAGGUGACGAGAUGAUGCAAGUGAUGGAGCCGUUACUUUAUGCUGCUGGUGUUGAUAUAGUUUUUGCUGGCCAUGUGCAUGCUUAUGAACGCUCGAAACGUGUGUACAACGGCAAAUCUGACCCGUGUGGUCCUGUUCAUAUUACGAUUGGAGAUGGAGGAAACAAAGAAGGUCUAGCAAACAGGUACAAGGACCCAUCACCAGAGUGGUCUGUUUUUCGUGAAGCAAGUUUUGGUCAUGGUGAGCUGAAGAUUGUGAACUCGACUCAUGCGUUUUGGAGCUGGCAUAGGAACGAUGACGAUGAAUCCGUGAGGUCUGAUGAGGCGUGGAUAACCUCGUUCACAACUACAGGUUGUGUUGCUAAGGAACAAAAAGAAGGUAGAUAAAUACUUUGGUAGUUUGGUCUCCUUAAUAGGGUAAAUGCCGGUAGUAUGAAUCACAUUCGUAUUCCAUAUACUUGUGUAAAUACGCGACAUGUUAUUUAACAAUCUGCAUAUCUUAUCUACCAUUGGUUGUGUUAUAUUAUAUCCAUUUUCACUGCUGUUA